AUGAAUCAGGACCGCAGUUGGAUGUAUAUUAGACAUAGUAAUGGAUUGCUAGCGGAAGGAUUUUUUGAUAAGGUUGAGGAGUUUGUCGACUUUGCUUUACGACAUCCUAAAUGUAAGAGUGGGGCAAAAAUCAAAUGGCCGUGCUCUAGGAGAAAAUGCAGAAACACAAAUUACCGAGAUCCAGAAGAUGUCAAGUUACAUGUGUUGCAGUCUAGGUUUGUUGAAGAUUACCAAGUGUGGGUUCAUCACGGUGAGGGCACUGUCCUGAAUCCUUCUCCUUGGGCACAACCACCGGGUAAUUACGAUCAGUUUGACUACGGAAAUGACGAGGACGGUUUUGAUGCAGUUCAGAGAAUGGUGAUCGAUGCAGAUGGUCCUGAAAUGUUUACUGAUGAAGAGCCUCCUAAUCAAGAAGCCCAGAGAUUUUAUGAUAUGAUGCGUUCGGCGGAAGAAGAAAUAUGGCCCGGGAAUAACAGACACUCCCCUUUGUCCGCGGCAACUAACAUGUUGGACAUUAAAUGUCGCCAUCAGGGUUUAGUUGCUUUAAUUGACGACAUUUGUAGUUUAAUGCAAGAAUUGCUGCCAGAGGACAACAAGAUGCCAUCGAAUUUUUCUAAAAUUAAAAAGCUGGGGGAAGAUGAGGCUUUAACGUAUUGUAAAGUUUGUGGCCACGAACGGUGGAAACCAGUUACCAAAAGCAAUUCUUCCAGAAAACGAAAGGCCAACGUGCCAUAUAAGAAGAUGUUUUAUUUUCCAAUUACUCCGAGGCUGCAGAGGUUGUAUGCUUCGAAAGCCACAGCUGGGCAUAUGACAUGGCAUGCCAAACAUGAAAUGGAAGACGGGAAAAUGUGUCAUCCGUCUGAUUCUCCAGCUUGGAAACGGUUUAGUGAGUUGCAUACGGAUUUUGCUGACGAACCUCGAAAUGAUGAGUUCAAGUUUUUAACGAUACUUGUCCCGGGUCCGCGUAAUCCGAAAAACACUAUGGACAUUUUCCUCCAGCCGUUGAUAGUAGAGUUAAACCAAUUGUGGGAAUCUGGGAUCUGGACCUUUGUUAUUCACAAGCGUCAGAACUUUCAGAUGAAAGCGGCCCUUAUGUGGACAAUUAAUGAUUUCUCGGCCUAUUCAAUGCUAUCUGGUUGGAGCACAUUAGGUAGAUUGGCAUGUCCAUAUUGCAUGGAAGAUACGAAUGCAUUCACACUUACUGAGAGUGGUAAACAAUCAUGGGUGAAAACAGGAGAUGAACUGUUGGCAGAGGUGGACCACCUAGGGUUUAGGAGGGCAUAUGAGCCCGAUGCAAAAGCUAUUAAUGCCGAUUUGUCGAAGAAGUGUGGUUGGAACAGAAAAAGUAUAUUUUGGGAUUUGCCGUAUUGGAGAACAAAUGUGAUUCGGCAUAAUUUUGAUGUCAUGCAUAUCGAGAAAAAUAUUUUUGACAACGUUUUCAAUGCCGUGCUGAAUGUUCCUGGGAAGACUAAGGACCAUGCAAAAUCUAGGGCAGAGUUAAAUGAUCUUUGCGAUCGUCCGGAACUAGCACACGACCCAACUAUUGGUAGAUAUCCGAAUUAUGCUCUGGACAAGGAAAAAAAAAUUAUUGCUAGAAUGGAUUCAGCAAAUUAA